AUGGACCAGAAAGUGGUGGUGUGCAACCCUUGCACGGGGAAAAUUAAGAAAAUCGACGACGCGCCUAGAUGGCCGUCUGUCGAGAUGUAUGGGUUUGGAUACGACCAACAAAACUGUGACUAUAAGGUUGUGUACGCUUGUCGUACCCAGACCUUCAACGACUAUGAUGUUUUGGUGUACAGUUUCAGGUCGGGUUCCUGGGAAAGCAUCCCAAAUGUGCUUAGGGCUGGCAUUGUUUACCCCAACAUUGGCGUCCACUUCAAUGGGACGCUAAACUGGUCAAGCAGCACAAUGGUGGCUCGUGACAAUUGGGAAUCGAAAAUUGUCUCUUUCAAUCUGACAACAAAUUCUGCCACCAUUCUGUCCGGACCAAAGCCCGAAAGGAGCGGAAACAUUUCCCUAUGUGAGUCGAGGGGGUUUCUCCUGGCGUCUUGGUUUCAGAGAGACAAGGUGAGUGUUUGGAAGAUGAGAGAAUUUGGGGUGGAAAAUUCAUGGACAAAACUGGCUUGUAUCCAACAGUUAUUACCUAAGCCGUCGCGUAAGACGGCGACGCUUACUCCCAUAGUUGUCGUAAUAUGUAACCGCGUUUCUCUUAUGUAUGUGAUGAACAACACAAAUCUCAUCAUGAAAUUGGGGUAG